AUGGAUUUGACUACCAUACUAAUAGCCAGUGCCAUUCUUCUACUUCUCUACGUAUUUUUGCGUAAGCCGGACCCAAGACUGCCACCUUUUCCUAGUCGCCCCCUGCCUCUGCUAGGAAACAUUCUCUCCCUGGAACCCGACUUUCGUCCACAGUUCUGGAAACUACGUGAGAAAUUUGGUGACAUCUUCAGCUUGUACAUGGGAGGGACUUUGGUGGUUGUCCUCAACGGGUAUGACGUGAUAAAGGAAGCUCUGGUGAAGAAAGCGGACGUUUUUUCAGACAGACCGUCAUUUUUCGGUGACCUGGCUACGGGAUUACCCGGGAAAGGAGUCAUCUUCUCAAGUGGGGCGCUGUGGAAGGAGCAAAGGUCUGUCAGUCUGUCCAUCCUUAGAGCUUUCGGAAUGGGAAAGAAUCUGUUGGCCGAGAAGAUUCAAGAAGAAGUGGAUUACUUUAUACAAUAUCUGUCCAGUCUGAAAGAGAAACCAGCAGACAUUAGGAUUAUGACCAACGUAAGCACAUCCAACAUUAUUUGCUCCAUCUUGAUUGGCCAUCGGUUUGAGUACGACGACAAACAUUUCCAGAGUAUGAUGCAUAAACUUGCUGUUUUAGCCACUGACCAAAACUUUACUGCAUUAGUUCAAUUUUUAAGCUGGCUUCAAUACAUUCCUGGAGAUUUUUUUAAAGCGAAAAAGAUAACUGCAAGUGCUCGCGACAUAAUAGAGAUGCUUGCUUUAAUUCUAAAUCAGAAAAAACGAAAUGUGCAAGACUCCAGCGAUGUAGGCAAUUUGAUUGAUGCAUACAUUACUGAGCGACAGAAGAAACUCGAUGCUGGCGUGUCAACUACAUUGGAUGAUCAGAACUUGCUGAAGAUCAUGUUUGAUUUGUUUGGGGCGGGAACUGAGACCACCAGCACGACCAUCUACUGGUGCAUACUGUAUAUACUGCACAGCCCAGAAGUGCAAAAGAAAAUCUAUAGAGAGAUCAAAGACAACAUAGGAACCGAUCGAACUCCGACCAUACAAGAUAAAGUCCACCUGAUAUAUCUGAAUGCUGUUAUAAUGGAAACCCAAAGAUUGGCCAGCAUUGUGGCGCUUUCAGUAGCCCACGCGUGUUCUGAAGAAGUCACUCUGCGAGGCUACACCAUACCUAAAGGAACCUUAAUCCUUCCCAACCUGGACUCUGUCCUCCACGAUAAGGCCACUUGGGGAGAGGACGCCAUGAGCUUUAGACCCGAACGAUUUAUCGACAACGACGGCAAGUUGAAGAACCCUGAACAGUUUAUCCCAUUCAGUAUUGGACGUCGUGCUUGUUUGGGCGAGAGUUUGGCCAAGAUGGAAUUGUUCCUGUUUCUGGCCAAUAUGUUUCAGAGAUUUGAGUUCCUACCGGCAUCUCCAGGUCGCCUUCCUCCAACAGACUACAAGGUGGCAGUUGUCAUGACUCCAAAGCAUUACGAGGUGCGAGCUGUUGAAAGAAAAUAA